AUGUCUUUACAAUCAUACAUCAACAAAAAAAUCCUGGUCUUGACCGUCGAUGGCCGGACACUGCUGGGCACCCUUCUGUCGACGGAUCAGCUGACCAACCUGGUCCUCCUGGAUACGAUUGAGCGCAUCAUCCGGACGCCCGAUGACCCGGAACCCAGCUCGCAAAUCGAGCACGGCCUCUAUCUGAUUCGCGGCGACAAUGUGGUAUUAUGCGGGGAGGUCGACGAGGCUAUUGACCGUGACAUCGACUGGACCAAGGUCAAGGGCGAGGUGGUUAAGGGCACGAAGAAUGCAUGAGAGAGGAAGGGAAGGGGGGAAGACACCUUGCCCGCUGGACAAAGCUCUUUCUUUUUAAAAACCAAAUCGCAUUCGACACCAAAAAAAGGAAAAU